AUGAUCUCCCUAACCAGAAACCAGCAGCUGAUUAUCAACCUCUGCGCCAUCAUCACAUUAUUUCUAUGGGUCAACCACAAACUCGGGCAACUUCCGGCAAAUGGCCAGCCAGGAAAUUACGGGCCGGUGGCUAGGGCCUCAAGAAGGCCCGGGAAUAUUGUCAUUUAUAACCGGGUCCCAAAAACGGGAAGUACUACCUUUACAAAUGCCGUGGCGUACGACAUGGGAAAGAUCAAUGGGUUUACGACGAUACAUUUGAAUAUGACGAAGAAUCGGCCGGUAAUGAGCCUGCCGGACCAAGAAAGCUUUAUCCGAAAUUUGACGACAUGGGACGAGAUGUUGCCCAUAUUUAUUCACGGUCAUGUGGCUUAUGUGGAUUUUGAGAGAUUCGGCUACGCGCCACCAAUCUACAUCAACCUGUUGCGCGAGCCGUUGGAGCGCCUGCUCUCGCACUACUACUUUUUGCGCUACGGCGACAAUUAUCGGUUGGGACUGAAGCGGAGCCGAGCCGGCAAUAAUGAGACCUUCGAUCAGUGCAUCCGGAGAAGUGGAAAGGACUGUGACGUCAAGCAACUCUGGCUGCAGAUUACCUAUUUUUGCGGGCACCACCCAUUUUGCAGUGAAGUCGGCAACAAGCUAGCCCUCGAAACGGCUAAACGACAUCUCGUUGAAAAAUAUCUUCUCGUCGGGACGACGGACCGAAUUCGGGAUUUUAUUGGGCUACUCGAUGUCCACGCUUCGCUUCACAUUAGGGAGCUCUGGGGUAUUUUGACUCGUUGGAUGAAAAACAAAAACGACAAAUGUACAGGAAAUGUCGAUCAGCUACUCCGGGUGCCGCAGUAUCACUACGAAAAGAUCAAAACUUUUCAC